AUGGAGGCCGAGGCGCCGCCGCGCCGAGCGGGGCCCGGGGUGCUGAGGAUGGGCCGCCGAGCGCGCCAGGAGCCCCUUCCCGAUGAAGGCCCCGGCCGCGGGACCUCCUCCUCCUCCUCCGCCGGAGAGGUGCCACCACCCAAACCCCCACGCCGGCAAGGAGGCUGGGCAGAUGAUCCCGCGCCGGCGUCUAGCAAGUCAGGAAGAAAGCACGCAGAAGAAGUAGAAGACCACCGUCUCAAGCAGCAGAGCCUGGAGGCAUCAGAUGAUGGAGGAGACAUUCCUGUGAUCCCUGACUUGGAGGAAGUCCAGGAGGAAGAUCUGGCCAUGCAAGUGGCAGCUCCACCCAGUGUCCAGGUGAACAGAGUGCUGACUUACCAUGACCUGGACAAAGAUCUUAUGAAGUAUGCAGCCUUUCAGACUCUGGAUGGAGAGGUUGACCUGAAGCUUCUCACCAAAGUGUUGGCUCCAGAGCAGGAACUACGAGAGGAUGAUGUCGGCUGGGAUUGGGAUCAUCUCUUCACAGAGGUGUCCUCAGAGCUAGUGACUGAAUGGGACCUGGGGCAGUCUGAGAAAGAGGACCACCUCAGUCUGCCCUAGAGCACUGCCACACAAGCCAUCUCCUCAUCCACACAUCCUCUGUAAAUAAUUUAGCACUUUAGUUUUU